CCGCGGAUCCUUCGCGGUUACUUUCUACUUUGGUAUUCCGAAUUCUUUCUUGUCCCCAUCCUUCCCUUCUUGCCUAUAUAACAACACCAGGUCCCAAGGACAGCAGAACAAGGCCCAGGGCCGGCCACGAGACUACUCGCUCCCCGAGAAGAUGAUGUUGAGGGUGCUUCUUUCUCUCCCCCUCCUCCCUCUCUUGAUCCUCUCCUUUCUCUUCACGGCCUUCUCUUACAAUCAACGCCAGGUCUACAUCGUGUACUUGGGAGAGCACAGUGGAACCAAGACCACCCAAGAAAUCCACGGGGACCACCAUUCUCUCCUGCUCUCUGUUAAGAAUAGUGAGGCAGAGGCACGGGAAUCUCUUCUCUACAGCUACAAGAAUAGCAUCAAUGGAUUUGCUGCACUGCUCUCCGAUGAGGAAGCUACAAAGCUUUCGGAGAUGGGUGAAGUAGUUUCGACUUUUCGAAGCGAGGGGAGGUGGUCGCCGCACACGACUAGAUCUUGGGAGUUCAUAGGUGAUGAAGAGGGACUGAAAGGUUCGGAGAGGAAUUGGUUGCGCUCCAGAGCGAAGUAUGGCAAAAAUGUCAUCGUCGGCAUGGUGGAUUCUGGUAUUUGGCCAGAGUCUGAAAGUUUCGGGGACAAAGGGAUGGGACCCAUCCCUAAACAUUGGAAGGGAAUCUGUGAAGAAGGAGACGCCUUCAAUUCAUCCCACUGCAACAAGAAGCUGAUCGGUGCUCGGUACUACGUCAAGGGCUAUGAAGCCUACUAUGGCUCUCUCAACACAACAUACGCCUUCCGCUCCCCCCGGGACAACGACGGCCACGGGACCCACACAGCCUCCACCGUCGCCGGCCGGGUGGUCCGCCGCGUCUCCGCCCUUGGCGGCUUCGCACGUGGGACUGCCUCCGGCGGCGCCCCGCUCGCCCGCCUCGCCGUCUACAAGGUGUGCUGGCCAAUCCCAGGUCCCAACCCAAACAUCGAGAACACGUGCUUCGACGCCGACAUGCUCGCCGCCAUCGACGACGCCAUCGGCGACGGCGUCCACAUCCUCAGCAUCUCGAUCGGGGCGGUGGGCACGCCGCCAAAGUAUUCGGAGGAUGGGAUCGCCAUCGGGGCGCUGCAUGCGGCCAAGCACGGCAUUGUGGUGUCAUGCAGCGGAGGGAAUUCCGGGCCGGCGCUGGCCACGGUGUCCAACCUUGCACCAUGGAUGAUAACAGUCGCUGCCAGCAGCAUCGACCGGGCUUUUGAUUCUGCCAUCUUGCUCGGCAAUGGCAUGACGAUAAAGGGUCAAACUGUGACACCAUAUGAACUGAAGGGCAAUGAGUCCUAUCCCUUAGUUUAUGCCGGCGACGCCGUAGUUCCAGCCACUCCGAGCAAUGUCUCCGGGCAAUGUCUUCCGAAUUCUCUUUCGGCAAGGAAGGUGAGAGGAAAGAUAGUGCUGUGCCUGAGAGGGAGCGGUCUAAGGGCGGCCAAGGGAUUGGAGGUUAAGAGGGCAGGGGGAGCUGCCAUUAUAUUGGGGAAUGCUCCGGCUAAUGGGAAUGAGAUCCCUGUGGACUGUCACGUCCUGCCAGGGUCCGCCGUGUCGUCGGAUGAUGCCAUCACCAUUCUGAAAUAUAUCAACUCAACCGGGCAGCCGAGCGCUACGAUAGGCCGGGCCAGGACUACUUUGGACGUGAGGCCGGCCCCGGUCAUGACGGCCUUCUCCUCCCGGGGACCAAAUCGUGUUGAGCCAAAUAUUCUCAAGCCGGAUAUUACAGCACCAGGUUUGAACAUAUUGGCAGCUUGGAGUGAAUCAUCAUCACCUACAAAGCUUGAAGAUGAUCACAGAAGCGUUGCGUAUAACCUUCUUUCAGGGACGUCAAUGUCAUGCCCCCACGUUUCUGCAACUGCUAGUCUCCUCAAGUCCAUGCACCCUCAUUGGAGCUCAGCUGCCAUUAGAUCUGCUAUGAUGACCACUGCCACGGUGCGAAACGCCCAGAAAGGCCUGAUAAAAAAUGCGGCCGGAGAAGUGGCAGGACCGCUGGAAUAUGGAUCGGGCCACCUUAGGCCCACCCACGCCUCGGACCCGGGCCUUGUCUACGAGGCCUCCUACAGAGACUACCUCCUCUUCGCGUGCUCCAGCAUUGGGGUUCAGAUGGACCCCACCUUUCCAUGCCCCGAGAGCCCGCCAUCCACGUUCGAUCUCAACUAUCCAUCAGUCUCUGUCUCCAAUCUCAAUGGGUCCAUCACCGUCCAUAGGACUGUUACCAAUGUGGGCCAAUGGAAGGCCCGGUACCAUGUUUCCAUUGUGGAGCCCAGUGGCGUUUCAGUGAAAAUUUCACCAAAAAUUUUGAAGUUCAAAGAAGGUGAGGAGAAGAGCUUCAGAAUCAAACUCCAAGUAGAUGGAAGCAAAGGAGCACGGAGUGGGGAGUAUGUGGCUGGUUCGUAUACGUGGAGUGAUGGGACCCAUGAUGUGAGAAGCCCUAUUGUAGUUUCUGUUGCCUAGCUUUUGUUUCCUUUUCUCCUCCCCAAGCCUCCUAAUAAUACCAAUUUAAAAAUAGCUCAAGGAACAAAAUUUGCAUAAAGGAAAAAAAA